AACGCGAUGAACCUUCUUCUCUCUAUCAGAUUCGAUCGUCGAAAACGACGUCGUAAGCAGUAGUUCGAUAUCGUUAAACGUGCGCCAAGGCCUUUACGCCCACUCGGUGACCCACACCACGACGACGACGACGACGACGACGACGAGACUCGGGAAUCGGAAUCAUCACGCACGUCCGCGGUGAAAAGAAUCAGAUCUUCAGAGAGAAUUCGAAAUUUGGUUGAAGCUGUGUUGUAUGAAAUGACGACGUUGGGACAGAGAGAUCGUCGACCAGAGGCUCUCGGUAGUCUCAGUGUGCUCCCAGAUGAAACCAUCUGCGUUCUUCUCGAAUACCUUGCUCCCCGAGACAUCGCUCACCUCGCUUGCGUCAGCAGUGUUAUGUAUAUUCUGUGUAACGAAGAACCAUUCUGGAUGAGCUUGUGUCUCAGAAGAGCUAAAGGUCCUCUUGACUACAAAGGUUCUUGGAAAAAAACUACAUUGCAUCUAGAAGGAGUUGCUCCAGAAAAUGACGCUUACAAGAAACCUUUGCAUUUUGAUGGAUUCAAUUCGUUGUAUUUGUAUAAACGAUUCUAUAGGUGUAAUACAUCUCUUGACGGGUUCUCUUUUGAUGAUGGCAAUGUGGAACGUAGGAGAGAUAUCUCUUUGGAUGAGUUUUCCAAGGAAUAUGACGCCAAGAAACCUGUUUUGCUUUCUGGCCUUGCUGAUUCUUGGCCAGCCAGUAAUACGUGGACAAUCGACCAACUAGUCGAGAAAUAUGGUGAAGUCCCGUUUAGAAUAUCUCAAAGGAGUCCCAACAAAAUUUCCAUGAAGUUUAAGGAUUACAUCUCAUAUAUGAAACUCCAGCGGGAUGAAGAUCCUCUGUACGUUUUUGACGACAAGUUCGGAGAUGCUGCUCCUGAAUUAUUGAAAGACUAUAGUGUGCCUCAUUUGUUUCAAGAAGAUUGGUUUGAGAUCUUAGACAAAGAAAGUCGUCCACCAUACAGAUGGCUUAUAGUUGGUCCGGAGAGGUCUGGUGCAUCUUGGCAUGUCGAUCCAGCUCUUACCAGUGCCUGGAAUACCCUGCUUUGUGGCCGGAAAAGGUGGGCAUUGUAUCCCCCUGGAAAAGUGCCUCUAGGUGUUACAGUUCAUGUAAAUGAAGAUGAUGGUGAUGUCAGUAUCGAUACCCCCUCAUCUCUGCAGUGGUGGCUAGACUAUUAUCCCCUCCUUGCGGACGAAGACAAACCGAUUGAAUGCACACUACUAGCUGGCGAAACGAUUUAUGUUCCUAGUGGUUGGUGGCACUGUAUCCUUAAUCUUGAACCAACAGUGGCUGUUACCCAGAAUUUUGUGAACAAAGAAAACUUCGGGUACGUGUGUUUGGAUAUGGCGCCUGGUUACCAUCACAAAGGGGUUUGUCGUGCUGGCCUUCUUGCUCUUGAUGAUGGAAAUUCUGAAGAUUCAGAAAACGAAACACACGAUGAAGACGACAAUACUUUGAGCUACUCAGACCUUACCAGGAAAGAGAAGAGAACACGAAUGAAUGGAGGGACAGACACUGAAAAACACAAAGAGGAUGCGAAUGGAGUAUCGAAGAGAUACAAUAUGUGGAAGAAUGGAUUCUCGUAUGAUAUUGAUUUCCUUGCCUCGUUUCUUGAUAAAGAAAGAGACCAUUACAAUUUCCCCUGGUCUAUGGGAAACUCUGUAGGUCAACGAGAAAUGAGAGCCUGGCUAUCCAAGCUCUGGGUUCUGAAGCCUGAGAUGAGAGAACUAAUAUGGAAGGGAGCAUGCAUUGCUUUAAAUGCUGAGAAAUGGUUGCGAUGUCUAGAGGAAGUAUGCACUUUCCACAACCUGCCGUCAGUUACCGAAGAAGAAAAGCUUCCAGUUGGAACUGGCAGUAACCCUGUUUAUCUGUUCUCUGACUACGCCAUUAAAUUGUUUGUUGAAGGAGGGCUGGAACAAUCUAUGUACGGUCUUGGAACUGAGCUUGAGUUUUAUGACAUUCUUGGCCGGGCUGAUUCUCCUUUGAAAUCACAUAUUCCUGAUGUUCUAGCAAGCGGGAUUCUUUUCUUCGAAAACGGAUCUUACAAAGUUGUCCCUUGGGAUGGCAAGAGAAUCCCAGACAUAAUCUCUAGCUCCAAUGUGGAUUUUGACGCAUCAAUGUUGAACAGCGAAUUCCCAUUUGGUAUUUGGAACAAAACGCUACGUGAACAUAGAAACCAGGGGAAGCCAGCACCCGAUUCUUUUGGUACAUUGAGUUCACAUGUUUGGCCAUAUAUUAUAACAAAAAGAUGCAAAGGGAAGAUAUUUGCCCAAUUAAGAGAUGAUCUGACGUGGAACGAUGCUCAGAACUUGGCGUCCUUUCUGGGACAACAACUACGCAACCUUCAUCUAUUGCCAUAUCCACCAGUCACAUGUCCUGAGUUGUUGAAUGUAAAUGCUGUUCAUGAGGAGUUGAAUAUUCCAGCAGAAUGGAAAGUUUUUGUCGAUGCUCUGUCCCAAAAGAAGAAAGACGUGCCUAGCCGUCUGGAAAACUGGGGAAAUCCUAUUCCGCGGGCUCUGAUGAACAGUAUAGACGAAUACAUUCCUGAUGAAUUUUUUGUAGAUUUACUCAAUGUUUUCAAGGACACAAAUGGUGGAGACGAAAUCAAGCCCUGCACCUGGAUACACUCAGACGUCAUGGAUGACAACAUUCACAUGGAACCAUACGCAGAUGAUUCAGUUGAUGGUCAACACAAUUCAUGGCGUCCUAGUCAUAUUCUUGACUUCAGCGAUUUAUCCAUAGGAGAUCCCAUCUACGACUUGAUACCAAUAUACUUGGACGUCUUCAGAGGAGACACUGAUCUUUUCAAGAAGCUUCUUGAGAGUUACGGGCUUCCAUUAAUCAGAAGUAGGUCACCGGAGAAUGUAACUACAAAAUUAACAGACAGUAGUAGUACAAGGAAGAAAGUAUUGCGUCCUUCCUACCGCACAAUGUGUUACUGUAUAUUACAUGAAGAGAAUGUGUUAGGUGCAAUGUUCAGUAUUUGGGAUGAACUUCGGACAGCUGAAUCAUGGGAGCAAGUUGAGCAAACUGUUUGGAAUCUACUUAACAACUACUGAUAUCGUUUUUUUUUCAAUUUCAAUUCUUCUUAAUCUGUGUUGUUGUAUUUGGCAAAUUACAGAAAAUAACAUGUGUUUUUGUCUUGCCGUGGCAGAGAGAACUCUUUAUAGAAAACUCUAACUCAUAUAUGAUUAAUUAAAAACUAUUACCGUUAAUAAUAUAUUAUGUAUAUCAUGAAUCUGUUUUUA